CCAAAUCACCAACACUCCACACACACACACACACACACACACACAUUCAAGCAGAGCUUUCCAAAAACCCAAAUUCCCUCUGUAUCUAUCUCUCUGCACAUUGUAUCUAUCGCCGCUCACCUCCAGUGCGUAUUUUUGGUAUGUGAAAAAUCUUGAUGUGCUCUGUAAUAAUAUGAAAAAGGAGGAGAGCAGAAGAUGGGCGUGGCUAACAAGGCCUGGAGGUGCAAUGGCGGAGGAGCGCCGGUGAAUAAUCCGGCGGCCGAAAUCCUGCAGCAGCAGCUGUCUCCGAAGCAGCCUCAUUGUUACAAUUACUUGUCCUUUCGGCGGCGGUCGGCGGUGCCCUGGACGGCGGUUUGCGGGCUGCUGCUCUUUGCGGUUGGGCUGAUUUCUCUUUUCACGGGACACGUGGCGUCUGAUCUCGAGUGGUACUCCCAGCGCCUCGUGAAGCGGACUUGGUACUAUAAGACGGAUAGACGUGAUCGUGCUCCAAUUGAUAUAUGGAAAUCAAAGUAUUCAAACUUUUAUUAUGGCUGCAGUAAUAGAGGCCCUCAUUUUGCGCCUCCUGUACGCGAACGCUUUUCAAAUGGCUACUUACUUAUUGCUACUAGUGGGGGGCUCAACCAACAAAGAACUGGAAUAACUGAUGCUGUAGUUGUCGCAAGAAUUCUAAAUGCUACUCUGGUUGUGCCAGAAUUGGAUCACCAUUCGUACUGGAAGGAUGACAGUGAUUUUGUCAACAUCUUUGAUGUUGACUGGUUCAUUUCUUACCUUUCCAAGGACGUCCCAAUUGUUAAAAGGGUGCCAGAGAAGGUGAUGAGGUCAAUGGAUAAACCACCAUAUACCAUGCGUGUUCCCCGAAAAUCAGAACCUGACUAUUACCUGGAGCAAGUGCUGCCUAUUCUAUUAAGAAGACGUGUUCUUCAGUUGACGAAGUUUGAUUAUAGGCUUGCUAAUGAUCUCGAUGAAGACCUACAAAAACUACGUUGUCGAGUUAAUUAUAAUGCUUUAAGAUUUACUAAACCUAUAAGAAGUCUUGGCCUGAAGCUUGUCACGCGCAUGCGGAAAAUGGCAAAACGUUUUGUUGCUGUUCACUUGAGGUUUGAACCUGAUAUGCUCGCGUUUUCGGGAUGUUACUUUGGUGGGGGUUAUAAAGAAAGAAAUGAGCUGGCUGAAAUAAGAAAGCGGUGGGAAACAUUACCUGAAUUAAGUCCAGAUGAAGAGCGAACAAGAGGGAAGUGUCCUUUGACACCUCAUGAGAUUGGUUUGUUGCUGCGGGCUCUUGACUUCGAUAAUAACACGUAUCUUUACGUUGCAUCUGGUGAAAUAUAUGGUGGAGAAGAAACUUUGCGUCCCCUCAAAGAACUCUUUCCGAAUUUCUAUACGAAAGAGUCACUAGCCAGUGAGGAGUUGAAAUCUCUUGUUCCCUUUUCGUCUCGCUUGGCUGCUGUCGACUACAUUGUCUGUGAUGAAAGUGAUGUCUUUGUCACCAAUAACAAUGGGAAUAUGGCAAAAAUCCUGUCUGGUAGACGGAGGUACAUGGGUCAUAAGAGAACAAUCAGACCAAACGCCAAAAGGCUGAGUGCUUUGUUUGCAGCACGACACAAAAUGGAAUGGAGCACCUUCUCGAGGAAGGUCAAAUCCUGUCAGAGAGGUUUCAUGGGAGAACCUGAAGAGAUGAGACCCGGAAGAGGAGAUUUUCAAGAAUACCCAUCCGCAUGCAUUUGCCAAAAGCCAUCCAAAUAUUCACAACAAUCAAACGGUAAAACCACAAACUUGCAAAGGUUUCUAAACGUUUCAGAGGAAAUAAGACGGGAAAAGCAGAGCACCAAAAACAAGAAUGUUUCUGACAUUGAGAUGUUUUUGGCAUCUGAUUAGAUUAUUAAGACCAUCUGCUUUAUUACACCAACUUUAAUGACCGUGUGGAGAGUGUACUUUGUGUACCGAUUUCACCAGAAUUGUACGGUUUUAGCACACUUGUAGCAUCUGUGAGCCCUCAUCAAUUGUUCGUAUAUAUAUAUAGAUAUAAGUAGAAGUUUAUCAUUUUUAUUUCACAUAAUUGGCUUUUAUUUGCGAACAUAAUCAGAUUCAAGAGUUGUUAAGCUGUUGGUUAAUAUGGUUAAGCAAGUUCAAUAAUUUCAUAGGGAAUGUUAUGUUGGCUUCAAAGUAUCCCUUACAUACUUCAAUUGAAAGGGAAU